AGCCGAGCCAGCAUAAAAUUGGCAGCCUCAGGGCAGCCUCAGCCAUGGCCGACGACGACGAGGACCUGGCGCGACAAGUGCGCGAGCAGCAGGAGCAACUCAGGGAGCUCCAGGCGGCCUGGCCGAGGCCCAGCGCCUCCAAACAUCAAUGGAAAUGAGGGCUGAAGAGGAGAAAAAGGAGGACGAGGAGACGUUCGACCUCACGGCCGUGGGCAUCGGCUCGAAGACGCCGCCGCGGCACGCGGGCGACGGCCUGUAUCGGUGCAUCCGGAGCGUGUUGGUGGGGGCGGUCGGCGGCGUGGCCAUGACGCUGGCGGCGCCGGUGAUGGGGGCGCGCGAGAGCGGCAUCAAAGGGUUCGCGGGCGGCUGCGCGCAGGGCGUCGUCGGGCUCGUGGCGCUGCCCCUGAUCGGCGUCGCGCAGGGCGUCUACGACCUAGGCAGGGGGAUUGGAGCGACGCCGGUCGCGAUCCAAGCCACGGUCGUGGGCAAGGAGUGGGACGGCACGUCGUGGCAGUUCUACGACCUCGGGCGGGAGAGGGACGCGGUCGACGCGAUCGACCCCGACGCCGCGUUCGCCGCCGCGCGCAAGCGACAGAGGGAGGAGAAGGCCGCCUUCAAGAAGGGGAGCGGCCUCUUCGCCCCUUCCACAAACGUCGCCUCGACGGAGUUCUACGACGUCCUGGACGUGCCGCCGGACGCGUCCGCGGCCCGGAUCAAGAAGAGCUACUACAAGAAGGCGCUCCAGUGCCACCCGGACAAGCACCCCGGCGACGCCGACGCGGCCGCGAAGUUUCAAAAAAUAGGCGCGGCCUACCAGGUCCUGUCGAACCCGCAGGCGCGGGCUCGCUACGACGCGUCCGGCGACGCGGGCGACGUCCCGGCGCUCGACUCGACGACGCUCUUCGCCGUCGUCUUCGGGUCGGCGAAGUUCGAGGACUUCGUCGGCGAGCUGCAGCUGGCCCAGCUCGCGCAGGAGGAGCAGGACGACACGGACGUGCCGGACGAGGAGCGCGCCUACCUCCAGCGGAAGCGCGAGGUCGGCUGCGCGGCGAAAGUCGUCGACCUCCUGGAUCCCUACGCGUCCGGGCGCUUGGACGAGGCGGCGUUCGAGGUUUCGUUGAAGCCGCUCGCGCAGGACCUGGCCUCGAACGCGUUCGGCGCGGCGCUGCUGGACGUCGUCGGCUACGCCUACGAGAUGGCGGGCGGGGCCCGGGCCGCGCGCGGCGCCGGGGCCCGCGGCGCCUUCGCGCUGCGGCGGCGCGCGCACGCGCUCGGCACGCGCCUCGCGACGGCGCGGUCGCUCGGCAAAGCGGGCGGCCGGUCGCUCGCGGCGCGGUGCGCGGAAAAGCGCGAGGCGACGCUCGACGCGGCGGCCGCCGCGGCGUCCAAGCAGAAACGCGAGUCCGAACUGACGCUCUCGAUGCUCGAGGUCAUGUGGCGGCUCACCGUCGUGGACGUGGAGACGACGCUGCGCGUCGCGUGCCACAAGGUCCUCAACGACCACGGCGCCCCGCGGGAGACGCGGCUGGCGCGCGCGCGGGGCCUCGCGAUCGUCGGCCGCGCCUUCCGCGCGGCAGCCGCCGCGUCCGGGUACUCCGGGAACGCCGUGCAGGCGCUCCGGGACACCAUUGGCGGGGCAGCGGCCCCGUCGGCCGCUCCCGCCCCCGCUGCGCCGGAGCCCGCGUCGAGGGAAGAGUUGUUGGAACUCUCCGUGGGCCAGCUCAAGAAGCUCGCCCGCGAAAGAGGCGUGGACGUUUCCACGGCGCUGGAGAAGGCGCAUAUCGUGGAUGCCCUGUUAUCGGCCAGGAAAGAGUAGGUUGUCUAUGUG